UUCAUAACAUUCUGAAGACCUGUCCACCAAUCACAGGACUCCUUACUGGAAAAACCAACUGCUGGGGAGUGCCAAGAGUCCCUAGCAACGCCCUGCAGCUUUUGAAAUCUGAGGGGAAAAGACUGUAGUCAGCCCCUAGUGGAUGAGAGCACCUAUGCCCCAGAAAGAGCAGGCUCCCAGGAUGGACACCUCGCCCCCUGAAGAACGCUUAGAGAAGCAAAAUGAAAAACUGAACAACCAGGAAGAGGAGAUGGAGUUUAAGGAACUGGACGAUCUGAGGGAAGCCUUGGCAAACCUGCGGGGACUGUCAGAGGAGGAGAGGAGCGAGAAGGCUAUGCUUCGCUCCCGCAUUGAAGAUCAGUCCCAGCUCAUCUGCAUCCUGAAGCGGAGGUCAGAUGAGGCCCUGGAGCGCUGCCAGAUCCUAGAGCUGCUCAAUGCAGAGCUGGAGGAGAAGAUGAUGCAGGAGGCUGAGAAGCUCAAGGCCCAGGGUGAGUACACUCGGAAGGUAGAGGAACGCUUUAUGACCCUAGCAGCCAACCACGAGUUGAUGAUCCGCUUCAAGGAUGAAUACAAGAGUGAGAACAUCAAACUGAGGGAGGAGAAUGAGAAACUGAAGCUGGAGAAUAGCAGCCUCUUCAGCCAGGCUCUGAAGGAUGAGGAGGCAAAAGUAUUACAGCUCACAGUCCGGUGUGAGGCUCUCACUGGGGAGCUAGAGACGCUGAAGGAGAGGUGUGCUCAGGAUGCUUGCCAGGCACAGGCGCGCGAGAAGGAGCUGCUGGAGCUACAGAGCCAGCAGGCCUGCACCCACACCAAAGAGACAGAACAGCUGCACAGCCAGCUGCAGACUCUCAAGCAGCAGCACCAGCAGGCUGUGGAGCAGAUGGCUAAAGCAGAGGAGACACACAGCAGCCUGAGCCAGGAGCUGCAGGCCAGGCUGCAGACCGUCACUAGAGAGAAAGAGGAGUUGCUGCAGCUGUCAAUGGAAAGGGGCAAAGUGCUUCAGAACAAACAGGCAGAGAUCCGCCAGCUUGAGGAAAAGUUGGAGAUAGCAAAUGAGGGCAGGAAGCAUGCGCUGGAGCGGUUUAAGCAAGAGGCAGUGGCUGUGGACAGCAACUUGAGAGUCAGGGAGCUUCAGUGCAAAGUAGAUGGGAUCCAGAAGGCCUACGAUGAACUCAGGCUGCAGUCUGAAGCCUUCAAAAAGCACAGCCUGGAUCUUUUAAGCAAGGAGAGAGAACUCAAUGGCAAACUCCGCCAUCUCUUUCCAUAAGCAAGUUUCUGCUUCCUCUGGCCUGCAAUUCAGAAUUCAAAUAUUUGUGUCUUAGCAUUAUGGCAAGAGUAAAGAUGAUAUCCCAUUUAUUAUACUUUUAAGCACAAAAGGCAACUCAAAGAAAAGCUACUUUACUAUGAUAUUGUUGUGAUUAUUGUAAAGCCAUUAUUAAUUUUCAUUUCUACCACCUAGAAUACACAAGAUUUGCCAGAUUUCCUUCUGUGCCUUAGAAAUCUUAAAUUUACUAGUAGUAUCUUCUCCUACCCAUAACUUCUUAAUUCUCAACCUCAGCUAUCUUCAUAUAUUUUAGGAUUUUAAAUUGGCAACUUCUAUUAUUUAAGUCAAUCUAAAUGCAGUGAGAUGUGCCAUUGUGAAAAAUAAUUAGCACAAUUACCCAUUGUAGAUAGUUAGGCUUAUAGUCUCCCAUAGUUGAGACUGUAAGCAAACAGUUAUCAGCAUAAUAGCGUGAAUACUUUGCGGGAAAAAUAAUUGUCUGACUUUAUUUUAUUUUGCACUAGCUUGGAAAAUGAUUGAGAUCAAGUUCUUUAACGAAGUGGGUCAAUUUUAUUCUAUAUUAGCAAUAUGAUUCAAAUAAGUUAUAUAAAACCAUUUUUAUUUUUUCUGCAAGCUUAGAUAAUAUUCCUUUUUUUGUUUUCUCAAAAAGAGGAUUUAGAUGUGCAAUAAUGCAAAUACCAGUAGCUUAAUUUAAUAUUGCAAAAUAUGCUAAUAGACAAUUAGACAAUUUGGGGUAAUAAAUCAUAGCAGACAUGAUCUAUAGAGUAACUCAGAAAUUGUUUUCUGUUUCUAUUAGCAUUUUUUGUAAUUAAGUUUUUCCUUUUAAAAAAUCUAAGCUGAAUGUGUAUAUGUAUGCUUGCAGCAUUUUUGUAGUAAUACCUACAUUUUGUAAGAAUACUUAUAAAAGCAUAGUUUUAUAUAUAUAUAUACAUAUAUAUAUAUCCGUGUAAAGUUCUUUAAAAAGUUCUCAAAGGUAUAUUUUCUUCCUGUAAUUAGGUAUUGACAUAUAAACAUUAUUAUGAAUACCUCUCAAAAUAGAUUGUAAUGUAGUAUUUUUCUCACCCAUUUUGGUGAAGGCUACCAAGUUACAUAAUGAAUUUACUUAAAAAAUAUGACUUGGUGCCUUUUUAAUAAAACUAUUUCCAAGCAAGUGUUACCUUACCUCAGGUAAUUUUUUUACACCCAUUUUUUCACACUUCUAUUAAGAUUAUGCUAUUAAAUACAAACUUUUCUCGUCAAAAUAGAAACCACACUGCCAGCUUCAAAGGACUAUUUACUUCCUCCUACAGGUUACCAAGAAUCAGAAUAUAGGAGCUAAGUUAAUCAUGGAUAUCCUUUAUUGAGCCCAUACUAUUUAUCAUUGUGCUGAAGCAAUUUGGAUGAAUUACUUUAUUUAAUCCUUAGGACUAUUCAAGAAGGAAAGUGUGCUCAUUUCUAUUUUAAGGAAGAGGAGACUGGUUUCGGGAAUUUUGCUUAAGGCCAGUUGGUCACUGGAGGAGCUGGGAUUUUGAUGAGUACAGCACAUUGAAAGAUAAUUUUUGGCGACUGAGUGCCAGGUGCUGGGGUAGCCACUAAGAAGAAGCAUUAAAAAGCAUGUUUACUGCCCUGGAAGAGCCCUCAUACAGUCUAAGGGCAAUAAUAAUAAUAAUAAUUACAUAUACUGUGAUCACAGGGGAAAGACAUAGGUAGUAUCUAGCCCUGCCUGGUGGUAAGGGUUGGGUUGGCGGGGAGGACUCCUAGGGAUGAUUAAUUUCCUCAGGUGGAGAAAAGGGAGAAAGGGUUGAGACAGCAUCGUGUAGAAAGCAUAGAGGUAUUUUUAAAUGCCCAGAAUACUUGGGGGAAUCAUAGCAGCUGGGAACAGGAGAGGAGACGCAUGUGUGCAGAUAAAACUGUAAACAGUAGGUUGGGGCCAUAAUAUAGGGGACCUUGAAAGCCAGGCUGGCCCGUUAUAUGAGAGAGAGGGAGGGGCGCGAGAGGAGGGGCAAACGUACAAACGGAAGCCACGGACCCAGCCCGCGUUUUCCCAUCCAGAUCCGCGCUGCUCUGCGAGGGGCCUGGUGCGCAUGCGUGCCGACCCUCACGCCGCUCUACCGCUCCUCCUACCUCCCGUAACCUGCAAGUCCUUGCUCGGCUCAUCCACCCGAAACUGCGGCCUCGUGGUCGUCCUUGGGGCCUAAGUUUUGCCCCCAGCCUGCUGGGAGAAGUCCCAUGGGCAGAGGCCGAACGGUUCUGGAGCAGGCUGAGGGCCGUUUGGUUUCUUUUUUAGGUGAUUUCCUUCCUGCCAGGCUCCGUUGUAGGGGUUACAGAACAGUCGUUCCCGCCUCACAACCUGUGGAUACAGCUGUUGGGGCAGAAGAGACGGGACCAGCUGCUGGCCACAUUUCCUGCUUUAUUUUAAAAGGUAGUAUAAGAAAUGAGGAAAAAGAGGUAAUAUCAGGGCUUCUGCUGUUUUUUAUUUUUAAAAUGUUCAUAAUUAAAAAGUAUUUUCCAGCAGUCCAAAGAUGUAAGUUAUCUUACACAUGUUUUAUUUUGUUGUUAUUUGGUUAUGAAAAUGGAAUCCUUGUUCUUGCACAACUGUAAAUGUUUUGUUGCUAGAUAAUACGAUUUGAGACCUGAAUUGGUCUUUGGUUUCCAGUGCAUCACAGCAUAUUUUGUAAAAUCAUCUACUACUGCACUUGAGCAUGAUGGGUAGUAGCCAAACUCACAACUUGGAGUGAUGAACCUGCUUAUACCUAAGGGCAGGAGCAAGCCCCUCACAAUGCAGCUGCAUGGGUUUUUAGUGCCUACUGAAUUUUAUAUAUAUAUAUAUAUAUACAUAUAUAUAAACCAAAAGUAGUUGGAAAGAUUAUUUGAAAUGACUAAUUUGUGCUAUCUUUAUGAAAUAUGUUAAAUGUAGCUUUUUUGAAACAGAAGCCUUGAAUUGAAAUUUAACUAAUACUUGAACAUUUUUGUAUAUAUUUCUUUGUAUAUAAUUUUGUGCAGUACCAAUGACAAAAAUAUGGUGUCAUAAUAAAACCAGGUUUGUUGAUCUUUUAGUUAUGGGCUCAAAGAAUUUAUUCAUCUCUAACAUGACAUUGGAAAAUAAUGGAUGAAAAUAGGAAAAAUGAUUGUUGUUAAUGCUGACUGUGGGUCUUAAAAGGUUCUGGAAAGCACUUAGCAGUGUCUGCAAAAAGGAAUCUUUUCCUACAACCUGUUAACUGACUGGACUGAUGGUAACAAAGUAAUUGUGAGAGCCAUGUCGGUCAAAAAUUUGGCAUCUGCUGAAAAAAAUGAAUGCCAUUUUCAAGUUCCCAAAUUACUUCUAUACUGAUUUCACUUUCCAGAAAUGGAGAUAUGAAAAGAUUCUCUGGAAUCCUUGAAAGACUUAAUAGAGAUACAUGAGACUAAGUUAAUCUUGGAACAAAAUUACACUUUUUUUGUCUUUCAUGGGAGUGAUACUCAGUUAUUGCAUAUCUUUACAAAAUUGUAACCGUUGGAGAAUUACAGUAUUUCAUCAAGAAAUUAAUUAGAGUUUUUAAAUAAUCAAGAGCAUAUUCUAUGGAAUUAACAUUUAGUGGACUAGAAUUACAUAAGCAGGCCAUCAGUGAUCACAAGGCAUAUGAGUUUGUAUUUAUUUCCUGGAACAUGAGAGGUAAUUUGGAGUACAGACAGACACCCUGCUGAGUAGAAUAUAAAAGUUAAUGUAAAGUUCUUAACGAUAAAGAGUAGUCCUUUUAAAUAGAUGCAUUGAUUUGUAUAUCUCUGAAAAAGUUGAUUAUGAUUAAAUGUGUGGGUAGUUAAUUAAAAUUUAGGGUAACAACCAGGAUGUAUGGAUUCUGAGGUUUUGGCUUCUUGAGCUUUCUCUUGAGUACUUGAUACUGUCUUUUGAAUAUUUUGAGGUUUCUAAUUAAUGGUAUGCUAGUUUCUACUGUUUUAUAUAAAAAUUUAUCUAGUGUUGUAUAAGGGCUUUAGUAUUCUGGAUGAUGGGAGUGGCUUUUUGUGGCAUAUCGUUGUUUUACUUAAUUGAAAUAUUUUUUCAGUUUAUUACAAGUGU